AUGGGCACACCACCAGCGUCCGCUAUAUAUACGCUGCCGGGGGUGAUGCAUUAUUUGCAAACAGAGUUCACGCGAAAUGAACGGGAUCGCAUAGGGUGGGAACUGGAGAGAAGUGAGAUGAAAACGCGAAUUGCGCAAUUGGAAGGGGAGAAUAGGACGUUAAGAUAUGAGCUUGCUAAAUUAAGAGAUUCUGAAAACGCUAAAGAUUUCAAAUCUAGCGAUUCAUCGAUCCAAGAACCAUUGUUGUUAAAAUCAAAACUUGCAGUGCAGGAAAAUGUAAAGGAAAUAGUGUAUCUUUUGCGAAGCCCCCACGUUACCGAACAGCUUCAGGGCCUUCGCGACACCAAGGAUGCUGUUCAUCAACUAGCUGCUUUGAAUUUGAACACCAAAUCUCAGCCUACGGGAAAACAGGCAACGCAGGAGACGUUACAGCAUGUGACACAAACGGAUCAGCCUAAGCAGCCGCAGGAAAAGCAAAUGCGACAAGCUACCGUAUCCUCUUUUACUCCUGAUCCUGCUUCGCAAUCGAGGCCCAUUGAAGGUGAUGUGAGCGUCCCAUUUGAGGCAGAUUCUGGGUACGGCUCGGACGCCAACACUAUAAUUCCUGAAGAGGCCCCUACGCGUAGAAAUAGAGCAUCUUCGCUAUUUACGUCUGCACCGGGCAAACCAACACCAGAUACGGUACUUCGUUGUAAACGCCUCAGAUAUCAUCUUGCCGGCAUUGAGAAGCUAGUCAUUUCCCAGUAUAAUAUGCUCUCAUAUGCACGAGAUGGUUUAAUGAAGCAUUGGAUGAUAGAACCCAACCUCAACUGCAACGAAAAACUCACGAAGAGCUUUCACGGCCUAGCGCCGAUCGUGUUGGGCUUGUUUUGGCUUGAUAAUCAGAGAUUUCUCACAGUUGAUAACUUUGGCCUGAAAGUUUGGAGAGUAUCUGAAAGCACGCCCUGCUUGGCCUUGGAUUUAUUUGACGAAAACUCAGAUGUGAACUUCUCCAGUAUUCAAAGUGUCGAUUUAAAAAACUCUUGGUUGAUAAUGACCAGCAAUGAUACCAUUCACAUUUGGGAAGUUCUCAUAGAUUCCAAGUCGAUUAAAAUUGGAGAAAAGUAUUCUAUUGCAGACCCUGCCCGCAUACUCGACUCGAUACUGGGUAUGACGGAAAAAUCACUAAUAGUUUUCAAGCGAGAACCUUACGAAAUUGUCAUCUACACUUUCCAAGGAGAACGGUUACAAAAGGUUCGUUUGCAAGGAGAAUUGGAUAAGACAAAGGAGUCAACUGAACAGGUAGAUGGUACGGGUCGAAAACUUCUUCUCAAUAAGCAAACGUCAAAAUUAAUGAUACAAUUAGCAAACUUUGUGGCCGUCUAUUCUUUUGACCGCAAACAACUGAUAUUUUCGAAGCGUUUGGAUAUGGUUCCCACAAGUCUGAUAUUCAACUCACGUAAGGAUUACGUGAUACUUGCAUUCGAUGAUGGGUCAGUGGAGGUGAGAAAUUUGAAAAGUUUUGAGACAGUUUUGAAAUCCUACAAUCACUACGACGACGAGACGGAGUAUGAGAAGGAGAGCAUCUCCAAGCAUCCCAAGCUGGAUGAACAAAUGGCGGAUGAGACUUUGGGGGAAUUGCGACAAAGCGCUCACAAGGGGGUUAUCAUCGAUGUUGCUGAAAUCGACUCCACAGCUGUCGUUAUCUCAGGAGGUGAUGAUGGCAUGAUAAGAUUAGAACUUGUUCCAGAAUGUGUUUAG